UUGGGUGAGUUUCGUGAUUAUGAAGUGCAAAAGAAGAGUUGGAAAUCACAGAUAACGUAGCUUUUAAGAGAGAUGAAAACAGCCCUAAUCCUCCAUUACUUGUAUUACCAAAGCUACCCCCCUCUCUCUCUCCAGUCUCCACACUUCCCAUUUCUCUUUCUACUCCAGUUCUCCAUAUCUGAAAAAAAAUAAAUAAAUAAAUAAAAUUAUGAUUUUAUUUCUCAGAACUGAAAUGGCCAUUUCCUGAAAUUCCUCAUAUAUUCUCCUGUCCUAAUUACAAACACUGCCACUUCUUUUUCUCUCCAGUUUUCACAUCAUUUCUGCGCCAUAUGCUCAAGGGCAUUUUAUAAUCUUUAUUUCUCCGUCAUGGUUGAAAAAGCGGAGGUUGGGGUUAUUUAUGUGAAGAAAGUGAAGUUCUGACUGGUUCCGCUGAAUUUUGUUUUCUAAAUUUUGAGGCAUUGAAGCUCCAUUCUUGGAUCUGCGAUUUACGACGUUAUUUUUUUUUUGGUUUCUUUUGAGGAAAAAAAACUAGGGUUUUGUAAUUUGAAUGAUUUGGAAUGAUGGUGAAUAAUUAAAGGUUGUUUUAAGGUUUGGUGGGUCCUUUCUUGUAAUUUAUUGGCAUGAAUCGGAGUUUUAGGGCACCGGAGAGGGAGAAAAUGAGGAGUCUGAGAACAUCAAUGAUGAAGGAUACCAAAGACGAGGACCUGGCAUUGUUUCGUGAGAUGCGAAAACGCGAUAAGGAACGGAAUAAUCUUCUUCUUCUUCAGAACUCUGAUGAGUUUGAUUCUCCAAUCGGAUCAAGAGCGGGUAAUUCUCCAAUAUUUAAUUUAUCUUCAGCUGUACCUGCAUCUCAUAGGAAAACUGGUGCUGAUGAUUUUCUCAAUUCAGACAAUGAAAAAAACGACUAUGAAUGGCUUUUAACGCCUCCUGGUACUCCCCUUUUUCCUUCACUGGAGAUUGAAUCACAGAAAACUGUUAUGAGCCAGCUGGGAACUCCAAAAGCCCGCCCCACGGCACUAAAAUCUAGACUUGCAAAUCUCCAGCCUGAGCCCGGUGCAAGGAGCAAUAUGUCAUCGAGACAACCAGCUUCAUCUCCAGGUUUGAAUGCUUCAAGUGGAGGUCUUUCUAGGCCUUCUUCGUCUGGAGGACACAGAUCAAGACCUGCAACACCAACCGGGCGUCCAACUUUGGGUUCAACAUCUAGAUCUACUUUGACCUCGGCAUCUAAUUCGAUGAACCAGUCUAAACCAACCACACAUACAACAUCUAGAACAAUAUCAAAUACAGCAUCUAAACCUUCGAGGUCUGCUACACCUACUUCCCGUGGUACGUUAUCUUCUUCGAAGCCCACAGUUCCUUCAAGAUCUUCUACACCUACAACAAGGUCUACUGCGAGAUCUUCAACACCAACAACCAGUUCAUCUAUACCUGCUUCAAAGUCCACUUCCAGAGCAGCAACUCCAACUCGUAGGCCCACUUCGACGACAAGUGCAACAAGUGUGUCUGCUGCUCAGGUAAAUUCCCCAACUUCAUCUUCAGUUACCAAGCCAAUUCCCAAUGCAGCAAAAAAUCCAGUUCCACCAAGGUCUAACUCCCCAGCUGUGAGACCCAGACCAUGGAAGCCUUCUGAAAUGCCUGGAUUCUCCCUUGAUGCCCCUCCAAAUUUGAGGACAUCUCUGCCGCCUGACAGGCCACCUUCGGCCACUAGGGGCAGACCUGGUGCACCAAGUUCUCGAUCUUCAUCUGUUGAACGUAGUUCGAAUGAAAGGGUUAGAAGACAAUCUUCUUCUCCAGCACGGGGACGGCUGUCAAGUGGCAUCAUUCAUAGCAGUGGAAGCUCUGUCCCUGUGCAUUCUGUAAAUCGGUUGCGUGCCAAGGCUAAUGACAAUGUGAGCCCUGUUCUUUAUGGUACUAAAAUGGUUGAGAGGGUCAUAAAUAUGCGGAAAUUGGCUCCACCAAAGCAAGACGAUAAGCAUUCGCCCAGUAGCAACUUAUCUGGAAAGUCCUCAUCACCUGAGAGCACAGGCUUUGGAAGAACGCUUUCAAAGAAAUCCUUAGAUAUGGCAAUAAGACAUAUGGAUAUAAGGCGAACUAUUCCAGGCAAUCUACGUCCGCUAAUGACUAAUAUCCCAGCAUCCUCCAUGUACAGUGUGAGAACAGGGCCUACCAGAGGCAGGGCAGUCAGUGUCUCGGAUUCACCACUUGCAACAAGCAGUAAUGCAAGUUCCGAUGUGAGUGUCAAUAAUAAUGCCCUUUGUCUAGAUGGAAACGAAGUAGAUGAUGAUGUUAGCAGUGAUAAGGGUAUUCAAUCUCCUCCGAACUUACAUGGUAGGUGAUGACUUAUUCGAACUACCAUAUAUACAAUCUCCAGUAAUAGCCAUCCAUUUUUAUUUAGAUUCUCAACUGGCAUAAUGUUGUGAGAAAUGAGAAACGCUAUGGAAAAAGCUGGUAGAAUUAUGAUCGGCAUAAAGUUUAAUGGUCUUUGUGUAUUACUAUUAGUGACUUGGUUAUAUUCUGAAAUGUCUUCCAUUUGUGAUGUU